AAUUUGAAAAUGCACAUGCGAACGCAUACUGGAGAAAAACCUCAUGCUUGUGAAGUAUGUGGGAAAGAUUUUAAAGAUCAAAUAGCCUGAAAAAUCAUAUAAGAAGCCAUGCCAAAGAAAAGCCUUAUGCUUGUGAAAUGUGUGGGAAAGAUUUUGCAUGGCCAAGUUAUUUGAAACGUCACAUACGAACCCAUACUGGAAAAAGACCUCAUGCUUGUGAAAUAUGUGGGAAAGAUUUUGCAGAGACAGGUGAUUUGAAAAUACACAUACGAACGCAUACUGGAGAAAAACCUCAUGCUUGCGAAAUAUGUGGGAAAGAUUUUGCAUCGCCAAGUAAUUUGAAUCGUCACAUACGAAUCCAUACUGGAAAAAGACCUCAUGCUUGCGAAAUAUGUGGGAAAGAUUUUGCAUCGCCAAGUAAUUUGAAUCGUCACAUACAAAUCCAUACUGGAAAAAGACCUCAUGCUUGUGAAAUAUGCGGGAAAGAUUUUGCAGAGACAGGUGAUUUGAAAAGGCACAUACGAACGCAUACUGGAGAAAAACCUCAUGCUUGUGAAUUAUGUGGGAAAGAUUUUGCAGAGACAGGUGAUUUGAAAAGGCACAUACGAACGCAUACUGGAGAAAAACCUCAUGCUUGUGAAUUAUGUGGGAAAGAUUUUGCAUCGCCAAGUAAUUUGAAUCGUCACAUACGAAUCCAUACUGGAAAAAGACCUCAUGCUUGUGAAAAAAAGAUUUUGCAGAGACAG